UCAUUGCAGUAUUUUUGUCCACGAACGAAUUUUAAUUUCAGCCGUAGUGAUUCGGACGGUUCUCUCCGAUUUUAAUUUUCUAUUUUCCGCAGUAAAUUACCUUUGAUCAGAUAGUUUAUUAACUUAAUAAAUCAGCAGAAUGUUAUCCCUCAAGGACCGGCAGAUAAAUGCAAUCAAACAGAUGCUGAACAUGAAUCAGCCCCAAACCAAGGCACUGGCAGCCGAACCCGUUUGGAAACUUUUGAUCUAUGACCGCGUAGGACAGGACAUCAUUUCGCCACUGGUUUCCAUAAGAGAGCUGCGCGAGUUGGGAGUAACAUUGCACAUACAACUGCAUUCCGACCGGGACUCUAUUCCUGAUGUUCCAGCGAUAUACUUCUGCGCACCAACAGAGGAAAAUCUCGGCCGUAUAGCACAGGAUUUCCAGAAUGGAUUGUACGACGUUUAUCAUUUGAAUUUCAUUUCGCCCAUAUCGCGGCAACGGUUGGAAGACUUAGCGGCCGCUGCAUUGCAGGCUGGAUGUGUGGCAAAUAUCCACAAGGUGUUCGACCAGUACGUGAACUUUAUAACGCUGGAGGAUGACAUGUUCGUGCUGAAGCAUCAGAACAGCGAUUCGCUCUCGUACUAUGCAAUAAAUCGAGCAAAUACACAAGACUUCGAAAUGGAGGGCAUCAUGGAUAGUAUAGUUGACAGUUUAUUUUCGGUAUUUGUGACCCUUGGAAAUGUUCCAAUCAUCCGAUGUCCUAAAAAUACUGCUGCUGAAAUGGUCGCCCGAAAGCUCGAGAAAAAGCUAAGGGAAAACCUGUGGGACGCGCGCAAUAAUCUGUUCCAUAUGGACGCCACUCAGACGGGGACGUUCAGCUUUCAACGUCCGUUGCUAAUUCUGAUGGAUAGAAAUGUUGACAUGGCCACUCCGCUGCAUCACACGUGGACGUAUCAAGCUUUGGCCCACGACGUGCUGGAAUUGUCUCUGAAUCGAGUCAUUGUGGAGGACGAUAACGAGAAAGCUGCCUCGACGGGAGCCAAGUCCAAAAUGAAGGCCUGCGAUUUGGAUUCCAGGGACAAGUUUUGGAGCACACACAAGGGUAGUCCGUUUCCGACGGUGGCAGAAGCGAUACAGGAGGAACUGGAGCAGUAUCGCUCGUCGGAGGAUGAAAUCAAAAAGUUGAAAUCGACGAUGGGAGUCGAUGGCGAAUCGGAUGUGGCCUUCUCGAUGGUGAAUGACAAUACGGCCAAACUGACGAGUGCUGUAAAUUCGUUGCCCCAGUUGAUGGAAAAGAAACGGCUAAUCGAUAUGCACACAAAGAUUGCGACCGCGAUAUUGAACUUUAUUAAAGCCAGAAGGUUAGAUUCCUAUUUCGAGUUCGAGGAGAAGAUUAUGUCUAAGCAAGCGUUGGAUCGAGCAUUGAGCGACCUGAUGAAGGAUCCAGAAUUCGGAACUCCGGAAGAUAAAAUGAGGUUGUUCAUUAUUUAUUACAUCUGUACGAAUAUGCCUGAAGCGGAGUACCAGAAGAUGGAGCAGGUGUUGAAAGAGUGUGGCUGUGAUUUGGCCCCAAUUCCAUAUUUGCAGCGAUGGAAGAGUAUAAUGAAGAGUUCAGUUACAAAUCCUAACCAGUAUGAAGGCAGCGGCACGAAGACAGUUUCAAUGUUUUCCAAAUUGGUUACACAAGGAUCAUCAUUUGUCAUGGAGGGCGUAAAGAAUCUGGUGGUGAAGCGACAUAAUCUUCCAGUCACGAAAAUCACCGAGCAAUUGAUGGAAUGCCGUGCCGGUGGAGAAGUAGACGACUACCUAUACUUGGACCCGAAGCUGCUCAAGGGAGGUGACAUUGUGCCGAAAAAUCGGGCUCCGUUCCAAGAUGCAAUCGUGUUCAUGGUCGGCGGUGGCAACUACAUCGAGUAUCAGAAUCUGGUGGAUUUCAUCAAAACGAAGCAAACCGCCAACAGCAAUCGUAGGAUCAUCUACGGUGCAUCGACAUUGACCAAUGCAAAACAAUUCUUGAAGCAGUUAGCGCUGCUGGGACAGGAAAUCGGUGGUGCGUAAUUUUAUGUAGACGAAUGCAUGCGGGUGACACUGACGGGAACCAGGUUAGUUAUGAGGGGUACUAUUGCGACAGUUACAUUUGUUAGCCUGUUUUUAGCUAAGUAUAUUAUAUUAUAUAGAAUAUGCAAUAAAUAUGAUGAUAUCCUGCUAAAGCA